UCUUACUCUCGGUCGUGCUUCCGCUCUACUCCACAAGUCGAUUACUUAAAGUAAUCCAGCCAUCCGGUCGGGUCAGAAAUUAGUAACCUAAUCUAAAGCUCAGAGAUAGAUCGUAUUUUCAUGGGAAUUGCUAAUUGUCGCCCUAACUUCAUGAUCACCCUUAAUUAAAAUUACAUUUAUAUCCUUUUUUAUUGUUAAAAUAUUAUAUUCUAACAAAAAUAAUCGCUAUUCAGAAUUUCAAUCCUACCCCAAAUGCACAAUCAGCUGCCACGCCAAACUCACCGCCGGCGCUGCUGCUUAGAGCUUGUUGUGUCCUGGUCGUCGGACGACAGAUAGAUUCAGACCAUGAUUAGGCGAAUAAUCUACCAGACCAGACCGUCGUCGCACAUGUGGCCCGCCCGCUUCUCCCACUUGUCGGGAGGGUUUAAAAUCUAUUGUUGCCGGUGUGAAUACAUGUUGUAAAUCCGUCCAGACCUCACCAGAGAUGGGUUUUCAAACCGUCCGACGAGUGAACCCAUAACAAAAAAUCCGGUUGGAGAUUUCCAACCUUCUUCCUCCUCCCUCAUUCUUCAUCGAUCGGCGAUGGGCUAGGUUAGGUAGUAGCAGGAGUUGGGGAGGUUAUUUUCUGCUCGGUGACAUGAUUACUUCUUCUUCCUCCUCGAGCGCCAGCAACAGAGGUUGGCGGUGGGGAAUUGCUGGGGAAAGGGCGGCGGUGUAAGCAAACGAAGGGGAUGAUGCUAGGUGACAUGAUUCCUUUUUCGUCCUCCUUGAGCGCCAGCAAUAGAGGUCGGCGACGGCGAAUUGCUAAGUAGAAACGGCGGCGGCAAAUUGUUGUGAAGGGAGAGCUGGCAGUUUAGGGUUAUUUAUGGCUAGGGCAAAAUUGUCCAUUCAGUACAAUUCAAGCGUUAAAUUUAACAAUUCAGGGCGACGUUUAGCCAUUCAUAUUUUCAUUUCAUCAAUCAAAGUCGCAACCAGUGCAUUCUUUCACUCGAUUUUCCCUGUUUUGAGCAAGGGUUUUCUUGUAAGAGCAAAUCAGAUAAAAGGAGUGGAGAUUGGCCAAAAGGCAAAAGGUAAAAGGUCUCGCACUCGGCCGUCGACCCCCUUACAAAUAUGGCAAACGAUUUGGCACCUAAUUGAAGCUUUUAGCCUAAUAGUUGCAUAGGCUACAUGGAAGAGAAGGAAGACGGAAUCGACAAGUUGAGUAACCUCCCCGAUCAUAUUCUCAUCAGCAUCCUCUCCUUACUCAGCAUCAAAGCAGCAUUUCGAAGCAGCAUUUUGUCAAACAGGUGGAGACCACUAUGGAAGAGCGUCCCCGUUCUCGAUUUCCACCGGAACCCGGGCGAAACCUGGCCCAGUUUCAGAGAACGGGUGGUUAAUGUUCUGUUUCUGCGCAACGACGAUUGCAAUCUCCGCCGCAUUAGCUUCGGUUUUGGGGAAGAUGCAUCGGAACAACCAAUUGAUGACGAGGAGCUGUUCGAGCAGGUGAUGAAAUAUGCAGCGUCCCAUGGUCUUCAACAACUGUCGCUUUUCCGCGGCAGUGGGCACCACAUUUCUGAAGAAAGCUUCUACAAUCAAAUCGUAGGCUUGGUCUCAUAUUGCAAUCAUACACUGGAAACUCUGGAAAUGAUGCUCUUUCAUCUCACUGAUGCUGCUGUUUCCAGGUUCUGGCCCGGAUUCAAGGUGCUCACCACUUUGACUCUGAGUUUCUGUUCCUUCCAUCCCUCUGACUCGCAGAACUCCAUAGACCCCUUUGCCAAAUUCCCCUGCUUGAAGAAUCUGAAACUGGUCUGCUGCUCUUCUCGUCCAAUUAGCUUAGUGAGUUUGAAAAUCUCUGGUCUUCAAUUAUUGAAAUUGGAACUGGUGGGAAUUGCAUUUUUCCUUUUGGUUGAGGUUACUGCUCCAAAGCUGGAAUCAUUUGGUUGUUGGGGUGAUAUUAUGCUUCAACAAGUUCCCAAGCUGAACAUUCCUUGUCUUGAUCGUGCAUAUGUCCGCGCGGCACGAUAUGAUAACACUGCCUUGCUACCUCUAGGUAAGGAGUAUAUGGAGUGGUUCAGAGCUCUGUACAAUACAAAGUGCCUCACCAUACAUUUUGAUGUCAUUAAGAUUCUUAGUGAGACUCAUGAUUUGCUGGAGGAGAGUAAACUUUCCCCCUUCACCAGAUUGAUGUUAUUGAAUGUGCUAUACUCGGAGGAGGAAGAACCGGUAAUACCUCAUCCUGUCAUGCGUUACUUUAUGGAAGGAUCUCCGGAUGUGAAAAUGGAUCAGAAGCGUGUCAAGUUCCAUAAGGUGGCACCUCCAGCAUUCCCAGAUAAUUAGUAUUGAUGUUGCAGGCUUGCAGCUGCUGUAGUUACGGUGUCUGGCCAUCAGGAGGCAACUUGUUCACAAACAUUUCAUUAGGGAUUUAUGAAUUUUCUGAGUUGGAGCUGUUGGGAAUUGGGAUUAAGUUCAGGUGAAAGCUGUCGGUAUUGCCAGGGGAAAGAACUUAAACUGAACCCCCUACUUUGAUGUUUGAAUUCACAGGAACAGGCGAGGAACAUCGUCCUUAUCAAUCUUUCUUUUAUUGUGCUGCUUUAUGUCUGCCUGAAGCUGUGAUCAUGCGUGAGAAUUGAUUAUCCUUCUAUAGUAUGUGCAAACCUUAAUACAGUCACAAGUGAAAAGAGCGUUUGUGCUAGGGCAUCAUGUCAUGGCUGUCGAAGGAAUGAAUUCAGCAUCAGUAUAGUCUUCUCGUUAAACAUAUGUUUGCCUUGUAUCAGCCUUCUUCUCAACUGCUGUCUAUUGUGUUCUAGAGGCCUAUGGACAUGAGCCGACACUGAUAGUUGGUUUAGCAGACGAGUUUCUGAUCACAAGAGCUCUGGUUUUGUGUUUGCAAAAGAGCCAAAUGUUGUUUAUUGCUGCAACAGGCAUAAGACCUCGUAGUUCCUCGGAUUAAGGAAUGCUGGUGCUGUUGGGGAUGGUGCUGGUACUCUUUAUGUCACCAAAUUAGAUGUCAAGCAGGUGGAAGUGUAUAACUGUCUAAGAACUCAGGCCUAAACUAGAUCGAUCAUAAUCAUAAAUACAGCCAAGCAUGAAAGGAGAUAGGUAUUCUAUUCCAAAUUAGUGUCACCAGAAUGACUGGUCCAACCUAAUGCUAUUCGGGCUUCUUAGUUUGGUCCGGGUGUUGACAAUCAGUUUGUUCAGCAGUCAGCACAUACUUGACUUGAUUUGACCAUUUAUAUACAUGACCGAAAUCGGUCAAAUUAAAAAAUAAUACGCGCUGGUCAACAUUAUCGAACCAGCUAAGAGAGUCUUUUUUGCCACGAUAUUGAUAGCCCUUGGUACCAUAACGACAUGGGCAAUAUAAUGAUUUGUUCCCU